AGGCAGCGAUGGUGGAGCUAGGCUGAUGGCGGCGCAGGCGGCGCUGCGCUGAGGACGCUCAGGGAGCCUGUCCCCAUCCCGGCCGCUGCUGCUGCCUCGCUAUGGGCAACGAGGCCAGCUUGGAGGGCGGGGGAGCCGAGGGACAGCUGCCCCCCGGCUCCGCCGCCGGCCCCUCCACGUCGCCUGGGACAGCCAAGCCUCCUUCAGCACCAGGCAGCGGCGGACAGCUCCCCCCGGGCAGGGCUCCAGCCGCCGCACCGGGCCCCGCGCAGCCGCAUGGACCCUCCGCCAGCGCACCAAGAAGACCAGAUCAAUCGGACCACUCCUUUGGACAGAGAGCAGCUUCCCCCUCCCUUAAACAGACUGCUCAGGCCAGUGAAAGCACAAGAGAGACGAGGAGCCAUGUGCAGACCGCUCAACAGGCUGAUGGGCCAAGGAGGACACUCCAAGUGGACAGCAGGGACCAGAGAUCAGGACGUUCGCCAUCUGUGUCCCCUGAUCGAGGCAGCACCCCUACCUCACCUUAUUCUGUCCCCCAAAUUGCACCCCUUCCCAGCAGCACACUCUGUCCUAUAUGCAAGACAACAGAACUCACCUCCUCUCCUAACCAGCCAAACUUCAACACCUGUACACAGUGUCACAACAAGGUCUGCAACCAAUGUGGAUUCAAUCCCAACCCUCACCUGACGGAGGUGCAAGAAUGGUUAUGUUUGAAUUGCCAGAUGCAGAGAGCUUUGGGGAUGGACAUGACCACGGCACCCCGCUCCAAAAGCCAGCAGCAGCUACACUCCCCUUCACUUUCCCCUUCCCAUUCCCCAGCCAAACAGCCACAACCACAACCACAGCCCCAAGUGGCGACAGGACCAGAGAAACCACCCGGAACUAUGCAGCCGAGCCCCAGGCCGAGUGCUGGUGUCGUGCAGCCCGAGCCCCCCAAACCACUACCAGCUUCAGCACAGAAAGAGCCACACAGCCAAGCCCAGCCAAAACCUGCUGCUCCUCAGGAAGUGGUGAGGUCUUCCCCUCAGCAUCAGCAAGCAAAGCCUUCGUCCACUGAUCCAAGAAAGACUGUGGGAGACUCCCCCGCUAAGACUGCAGCACCUCCCCCCACUGCUGGGGCACAAGAGCAACCCCAAGAGGGCCUCACUGGGAAGCUCUUUGGGUUUGGGGCUUCUCUCUUGACCCAGGCAAGCACACUCAUGUCUGUCCAGCCAGAGGCCACCCCACUGAGUCAGCAGUCCCCUGGCAAAGUGCCUCCAAAAAUUGUUUUCAGUGAUGCCAGCAAAGAAGCUGGCCCUAAAGCCCCAGGCACUGCACCUGGAACGCAGGGUAAGGCUGGAACUGUCCCAGCUGCAAAGCAAGUGAAAGCAGAACAAGUUAUCAAGCCAAAGGAAGUGCCGAAAGCAAGGGUUUUGUGCCCCCUCUGCAAAGCAGAGAUCAACGUGGGCUCUGGGGAACCCUCCAACUAUAAUACCUGUACAACCUGUAAGCAGCAGGUCUGCAACAUGUGUGGAUUCAACCCAACACCUCAUCUGGUGGAGAAAAACGAAUGGCUGUGUUUGAACUGCCAAACUCAGAGGCUGCUAGAAGGAAGCCUAGGAGACCCUGCUCCAAUGCCACUGCCUGCUCCCAAGCAACAGCCAACUGGAUCCCCCCGACACCAACCCAGUGGAACUGGUCAGCAACAGAGAGGAGCCCCUCCGCUUGCAGCCCUCCCACAACAUGAACCAUCAGCUCCUCAAGUCAGGCACCCUUCCCAAGCAAAACAUCUCAGGACUUCAGAACAGAGUAAAUUACCAACCACUGUCCAAGAAAAAAAGCCUCCUGCUCCAUCAGAAGGAAAGCCACUGCCCAAACUAUCCGAAGAGCCUCGAAAAGCUUCUGAAAGUCCAUUGCCAAAGGGGAAAAGUAUGGCCACAAAACCAGAAGCAGAUGUCAAAGACACCACAACCGUAUCGGAGUCUCAGAAAAUAAGAGAGCAGGAGGAAUCCAGUAAGCCUUAUCCCUCAGACCUCUCCCGUAGCCCCCAAAGCCUGAGUGACACUGGCUACUCAUCUGAUGGCAUCUCUAGCUCCCAGAGUGAGAUCACAGGCUUAGUGCAGCAAGAAGGCGAGCAGCUGAAUGAAACAGGAAUCGUUGAGCAGAGCCCUCCAAGUCCUUCUGAACUCACUAAAUUGGAAAGCAGCAUGCGCCCCCUACUGGAAUCAAAGGGCUUGGCCCAAGAGCCAACUGAAAGAGGGAAAACAUACCAUGAAUUGAGGGAAGAGCAGAGACAAAGGCCCCGGUCCCUUUCCAUCACCCCAGAAGCCUUUGAUUCUGAUGAGGAGCUGGAAGACAUCAUGGAAGAAGAUGAAGACUCUUUAGAAUGGGAGAACCAGAGAGAGCAGAGGGAAAGUAUGGAGUCAUCGGAUGACUUUGGCAGCAAGCUACGCCAUGACUAUGUGGAGGACAGUAGUGAAGGAGGGUUCUCCCCAUUACCAACUAGGCAGAAAAGCAGAGAACCUGAAAUGACGGAUGAAGAGUUCAUGAGGAGGCAACUCCUGGAGAUGAGCGCUGAAGAAGAUAACCUUGAGGAGGAUGAAGAAUAUGACAGUGGCAAAUACAGUGGUGCAAGAAAUGGGCACAGGCCUGAUACUGAAAAAAGCAGGGAAACGACAUCAUCCAAGAGGCGCCUGCCUCACAGUUCUGGUAGCAUAUACGAGGAGGAAAGGAAGGAACUGGAAAGUACGGAGGGUGAUGACAUGACUGCAUCUCAGGGAGGUCUGCGGCGUUUCAAGACCAUUGAGUUAAACAGCACUAAUAACUAUGGCAGAGAGAUGGAGAUCAGCCAAGAGGCAGACAUCAGCUUGGACAGAGAACCUGAACUGGAGAUGGAGAGUCUGACAGGCUCCCCAGAAGACAGGUCAAGGGGUGAAUAUUCCUCUACUUUGCCGGCAACAACACCCAGUUAUACAUCAGGAACCUCUCCCACUUCCAUCUCUUCCCUAGAGGAGGACAGCGAUAGCAGCCCGAGCCGUAGGCAAAGACUGGAAGAAGUUAAGCAGCAGAGAAAAGCCCGGCAUCGCUCCCAUGGUCCUCUGUUGCCAACCAUAGAAGAUUCUUCUGAGGAAGAAGAGCUGCGUGAGGAAGAGGAGCUUUUGAGAGAGCAGGAGAAAAUGCGAGAAGUGGAACAGCAGCGCAUCCGAAGCACAGCGCGCAAAACCAAGCGAGAUAAAGAAGAGCUGAGGGCCCAGAGGAGAAGAGAGAGGUCCAAAACUCCACCCAGCAACCUGUCUCCCAUUGAAGAUGCUUCACCCACUGAGGAGCUGCGGCAGGCUGCAGAGAUGGAGGAGCUGCAUAGAUCUUCCUGUUCAGAAUACUCGCCCUCGAUUGACUCGGAAGCAGAGGGGUUUGAUGUCAUUGCCUCCAAGCUGUACAAGUCUGGCAGUGAGUACAAUCUCCCAACAUUCAUGUCCCUCUAUUCUCCAACAGAAAAAACUGCUAGCUCUGCUUACCCCUCCAAGCCUCUGAAAAGUGCAGAAGAAGCCUAUGAAGAGAUGAUGAGGAAGGCAGAAAUGUUCCAGAAACAGCAGCCAUCCCAACAAAGUGUCUCCUACAGCAACACCUUCCAACAAGUAGGCUAUCGUAGUUCAGAAGGCCCAAAUAAUUUUGAAUACCAGUACAUAGAUGAUUAUGGCUAUGAUGGUCGGAAUGUGGACUCUUCUCAAUCUGACUACCAGAAUGAACUUUCCAAAUCUGGGGCAGUUUAUGAGGAAAUCCUUCAGACAUCACAGAAUAUUUCCAGGAUGCAUCAGUCCUCUUCUUUGGAUUUGACUCUUGAACAGGAAGUCAAGAAGAAAGGGAGAGAAGACCUUUACCAAGAAAAGCAGUUUCUGAAUGCAGAGAGUGCUUAUGAAACUGGCCCACUUACUCCUGGAACAAGUCCUACACAGCUAUCUGCUCCUGUCUCCUUUUCAUCCACUGAAAGCAGUACAAACAGAAUAAUUCCUGAUGUCAGAGUCACUCAGCAUUUUGCAAAAGAGAGUCAUGAACACCCGAAGCUUCAUAGCUCACCUACUGCACCUAGCUCAGUUUCAAAGAGUGUAACAAUGCCUUAUACUUACACUAAAGUAUCUAGCACAGUCACCACUGUUGUUUCUAGUCCAGCAAGUGCACCACGAAUUUACAGCUCUCCCACUUCUCUGAGUGGCCCAGAUGUACCAACUGUGUCCACCACUAGCCGAAGCUAUAGUCAGACAAAAGUGACAGCCAGUUAUGGAUCUCAGACAGAAAAUAUAGCCAGGGUCAAAGGCACGGCAGAGAUCAGUGGGCCAUCAGCAAGAGAGAAACUCCAGAGCAUGACUGAGAGCAAGACAAAUGUACCCAUGUCAUCUCCUAAAAUGUACUCCUUCUUCAAAAGCUCCAGCCCACCACUUUCCCCUUCUUCUCCUACUCAAAGCCCCACACAUUCUGCUCCAAGAGUUGGAAUGCCACCCAGUUCAGGGGUAGGAACCAAAACCACAGCUGAGUUUUCCAGCCAAACACAUAGCACAAUUCUCUCGUAUGAUAUCCCCACUACUACUGCUGUAUCUGUUUCUUCUCCAAUGGUAGCGCAAGGAACACAAACGCCUCAUCGAUCCAGCUCCCCUCGCCUUGCUAGGCAACAGUCAUCACAAGAAGCCCCAUUUAUGGUCAUCACAUUAGCAUCUGACGCAGCCAUUCAGACUAAGCCAAUUGGUGUAAGUUCCUCCAUUUCACCAGCCUCAUCUCCAACCAGGCAGGGCCGGCAGCAAACAGUGCAUAGUUACAGUCAGACAGCAAUCAAUGCAGCACAACUCCAGCAAGAGCAGCUGCAGUCCACUUACACAAGGACACCAUCAGGGCUAGAAAGAGCCCCUGCCUCUAGUGCUGCAAUGCAGAAAGGGCAAACCACGGGGGCGGCUGACAGCAUCCCUGGUGUGUAUAGCUGGGGGACACUGCCUGCUGAGAACAUUUCUUUGUGUAGGAUAUCAUCCAUUCCUGGGACAUCCAGAGUAGAACCUGGACCCAGACCACCCAGCAGUAAUAUUGUAGAUUUGCGGACUGCUAUUAAGGCAGCCCCAGUCAUUAUAACAGAUCAGGGUAUGGAUCUCACAUCCCUAGCUACUGAGAGCAGAAAAUAUUGCCUCACCAUGGACCAGUCACCUAGUCGGCAGUCCACAGCCAUCCAGCCCUUAAUUAUCAAUCUUAAUGCCCAAGAACAGCCCCAUGCUAUCAUAAGCACAGCCACCACGGUCAGCAUAACUGUUGCAUCUUCCAUGCUAGUGUCUCAGCCAAAGCAGCCGGUGGUCUAUGGAGACCCUUUCCAGAGCAGAAUGGACUUUGGUCAAGGCACAGGAAGUCCCGUCUGUCUGACGCAAAUUAAACAGGUAGAACAAGCUGUUCAGACUGGCACCUUCAGAGGACCUGUAGGUAGCGCUGGCAUUUCUGCUUCUGUGGGCCGCCCAGAAGCUCCAGGUCCACCACAGACAAAAUUUGCAAGAUAUAAUUUGCCCAACCAAAUGACAUCUCUCAUGAAGAAAGAUGCUCUGAUCACUCAGACCAGUAAUGCGCAGAAUGUAGUUAGUGCCAUUCCCAGACAGUUUCCUCAGGAUCAAAGCUCAGAAAUGUAUAGAGGGAUCCCAGUGGAACUGAAAACUCAGCCUCCUCCAGUCACCCUCGGAAGUAAGAAAUCCCAGGUGAUGAUGGUGCAGAUGGAUGAAAUAGCAACAGGCCCUGUAACAAAACUGAUCAAAGAGGAAUCUCCUGCCAACGCCCUGGAUCUUACUGGAAUGAAGCCUGAAAGCCAAAUCGCAUGCUGUGAUGUGGUGUACAAAUUUCCAUUUGGAGGUAGCUGCACUGGGGCUUUCAACCCUUCUUCCAAGGUGCCAGAGAAAAACGUUGGGGAUGCAACUCAUGCUGGGAAACCCAGUGGCCAGUACUAUGGAAGCAGAGAACAGGAGGCUCAAGAUGCAUAUCCCUAUAGAGAACAAUCAGCCCCAGGACCUAAUCCGUACGAAGAGCACAGGUUCUAUCCACAUGGCCUCUUUGGGAGACUGUAUUCAUCCAUGUCAGAUACAAACCUUUCUGAAAUGGGCUUGAACUAUUACCCAGUUAAAGGAGAGCAGCCCUUCCACUCCCCUGCUGGGGAUUCUGCAGUGGACUUGACAACCAUGAAACAGUCAUACGGGAUCGGCUUUACUGAUGGAGGCUACAUGGGGCAUGGAAUGCAGUAUGGCUCUUUUUCCGACCUCAGGCAGUCUACGGAUUUGCUAAGCCAUUCAUACCCAAUGCGAAGGUACAACUCAGCCUCUAACAUCUACUCUGAUUAUAGGUAUUCACCAAGAGGGGACUUGGCAAAUUUCCAGGAAGCCAGCCUGGCUCAUUAUAGUGCUACGACAGCUCGAGAAAUCAGCCGGAUGUGUGCGGCACUCAACUCUAUGGACCAGUAUGGGGGCAGGCAUACAAACAGCCCAGAUCUUCUCCAGUAUGGACCUAAUGCUCUUGGCACUGGGCCGACAGGAAGUGGAGGCAUCUCAGGUCAGCAGAGCCCCAUGAAACCAAAUAUGAUGUACAACCCAAAUUUUCCAGAGACUCGCCCAGGCUUUGGAAACCUGGCCCAGUACAACCUCGCCAGGCUUGGAGCCAUCAGACAGCUACUCCCUUCUACAGCCACUGUGCGAGCUGCUGAUGGCAUGAUUUAUUCAACCAUUAAUACGCCAAUAGCAUCAACCCUCCCCAUCACCACUCAGCCAGCUUCUGUGCUGCGGCCCAUGCUCCGAGGCCUAUAUAGACCCUACGGUCCCAGCAAUAUCACGGCUGUCCCUCUGGCCAGCCUGACCAGAGUGCCUCUAGUUCCUCCAAGGAUCCCCCUUGCAGCCCAAGGCUUGUAUCGCUACCCAGUGCCCAGCAGGCCCCCAGCAGUUCCCACAACAUCAGUGAUGGAGACACCAAUGUAUUUGGGAAAGCCUGUUAGCACCACUUCAGCCACCAUGGUCGCCAGCAGCGUAAGCCCAGCACCAGUUUCCAAGCCCUCAGCACCGACUGCUGCUAGCUUGCAGAGGCCUGAGCAGACAGGGGCUGGCACACGGGAGGAGGUGCCUGUGACAAGUUCUGGGGCACAAAGUACUUCCAGUGAAGCCACCCAGGGACAGCAGCAGCAGCAGCCGCCACCACCACCAAUCCCAGUCCAGAAACAGCAAGCAGAAGUUCCACAGGCCAGCGUCACCAGCAAAGGAGCCUCCGAAAGGGAAGAAAAGGAAAAGGAGGAAGAGAGGCAGAGGAAGCAGCAGGAGCACAUCCUCCAGUUUGAGAGGGAGAGGGUAGAGCUGGAGAAACUGAGGCAACUGAGGCUGCACGAGGAGCUGGAGAGGGAGCGUGUGGAGUUGCAGAGACAUCGGGAGAAGGAGCAGAUGCUGAUGCACAGGGAGAUCCAGGAGUUGCAAUCGAUAAAGCACCAGGUCCUGCACCAGCAGCAGGAGGAGCGCCACGCCCAGUUUGCCCUGCAGAGGGAGCAGCUGGCCCAGCAGCGCUUGCAGUUGGAGCAGAUCCAGCAGCUGCAGCAGCAACUGCAGCAGCAGUUGGAGGAGCAGAAGAGGCAAAAGAGCACCUUCCCUCCAGUAUGUGACCCAGCAGGGAGGAUCCCUCCCCAAGCAGCAUCGGAGAUGGCCAUGGAAAUGCAAAGGACCCUGGCUCAAAACGGGCAGUUCUGGACACCCCUCAACCAAGCUUUUAUGGCUACUGCCGCUCCAGGGCAAGACGGGCAAGCCCAGCCUCGCUACCCCGGGCUCCAGAGGCCUCUCACCAACUCAGCCUCUGAAAUGUCCUUGCAGAUGGAAGAUCAGUGGGAAGCCAGUCGAGGAAUCAAGAAGCGGAACUCUAUGCCACGCCUUCGGGAUGCAUAUGACAAGGAGCCCGGCCACGAGCCAUUUGUGGUGAAGAAGAUUACAGACAGCAGUGUGCAGACGGACGAGGAGGACGGCGAGGAGCGCUUCUAUGCAUCCCGGCGGCGCCGUACCCGCCGCAGCACUGACUGCAGUGUUCAGACCGAUGAGGAAGACAAUGGCGAGUGGGAGCAGCCAGUGCGGCGCCGACGCUCCCGCUUCUCUCGACACUCAGACUCCAGUGCAGAAAGCAAGCAAGACUCUUCCUCAAAAGGCAUGGCCAGCAUAGCGAUCCAGACCAUCAGUGACUGCUCGGUGCAAACGGAACCCGACCAGCUACACAGGGUGUCCCCUUCCAUCCACAUCACCACCCCUGACCCCAGGGUGGAGAUCGUGAGGUACAUCUCUGCCCCCGAGAAGACCCAACGGGGAGAGAGCCUGGCCUGCCAGACGGAGCCGGAAGUACAGCCCCAGCCAGGCAUUGUGGUCCCUCAGCUCACUGUGCCUACCACAAUCACGCCUUACUCCUCCAACAUCCAGAUCGUAAGCACGGGUCCCUUGGAUCCCCAUGCCAUCCGACAGCAAGCACUAGUGAAGAAAAAGCCUGACCCUUUGGAAAUUGGCUACCAGUCCCACCUACCUACAGAUUCCUUAUCGCAGCUGGUGUCUCGUCAGCCUCCCAAGUCUCCCCAGGUGCUCUACUCCCCCGUCUCUCCCCUCUCCCCUCAUCGACUACUAGAAUCAUCCUUCACAACCAGUGAAAGGCUCAACAAGGCUCAUGUGACCCCACAGAAGCACUUCACAGCUGACACGGUCCAGCGCCAGCAUACCCUACCUCGCCCCAUCAAAACCAUGCAGAGAUCUUUAUCUGAUCCCAAGCCCAUCAGCCCAACAUCGGAGGAGUCUGCAAAGGAUCGGUUCUCCUUGUAUCAGCACACGUUGCUCCCUGGAAGCCAGAUUUCCACUCUGCAGUCAAACACCCUUACUCGGAAAGUGAAGCGGACACUGCCCAGUCCCCCACCAGAAGAAGCUCACCUCCCAUUGGCCAGCCAAGCUCAUUCACAGAUGUACAUGCCUGGCCUCCUGCAGAAGGGAGUGGGAGUGCAGGCCAUUCAAGUGACCAAAGCCGGCCUCCUCAAAGACAUUGACCGUGACUUGAAGCUGGUAGAGCAUGAAUCCACUAAGCUGCGGAAGAAACAAGCUGAGUUGGAUGAGGAGGAGAAGGAGAUCGAUGCCAAGUUGAAGUACUUGGAGCUGGGGAUCAAUCAGAGAAAGGAGUCUUUACUGAAGGAUCGGAAUGUUCGUGAUUAUCCCUACCUGAGAUGCCUGGGAGAGAACAGGGAUUAUAUGUCUGACAGUGAGCUGAACAACCUUCGCCUCUCCGGCUAUGAGAGCAGCAGUCUUCUGACAAGGCCCAGCACUGCCCCUUCUAACCAGUAUGCAGACUUCUCCAGUGCACAGUAUACAUCAGCCUCCUCCUACAGCCCGUAUCAGUACACCUCAGGACAGGCUGCCCCACCAAGCUCAGCUACAUUCCAGCAAACAAGGUUCCAGCCUCCACACUAUGCCCCAGGGAGCAAUGGCCCUGCUCAAAAUGGCUUCCAGGCAAGCCAGCUGUCUGCCUAUCCUUCCCAGACGACAUAUCAGACACACAGCUUCACUCCAAGCACUGGGUAUCAGUCUGAACUGGGCCUGCAGAGCCAUCAGAGUUUUCGGCCACCUUACCAAGCUCAGACCACAUAUCCCAGUCAGACCCCUUUGCAGCCUGCCCAGAGUGUUCUUUUCCAGACUCAUGCAGACACACACACAACUUCCCAGAAACCACGGCAGACAUCACUAGCGGACCUAGAGCAAAAGAUACCCACCAAUUACGAAGUGAUCAGCAAUCCCACCGUGGUGAUCUCUGCUGCAACUCCAGAAGUUACAUACAGCACCACAACGGUGACCAGCAGCUAUGAUCAAUACAGGGCCCCAGAGGGAAGGCCAGCAGACAGGAGCAGUGCUGUGCAAAGUCCCUCCACCAGCUAUUCCUCUGACUCUCUCUACACCAACCUAGAACAGAACAUUCCUCGGAACUAUGUCAUGAUUGAUGAUAUCAGUGAACUAACCAAAGAAAGCACCACUGGGGAGGGCCAGAAAGGAGAUAUGCAGUUGCAGAGCAGCAAUGGACGGCAUAUGAAAGAAAAGAGUGACCUGGCAGAUGCUGAUGUCUCCAGUAGGCCUUGCUGCUAUUCCAAAGGAGAAGAGGAGUCUGAGGAGGAUAUGUAUGAUCAUCAUGGCCCUGACCAUCGGGGGAAAAGCUACCACAGGGGCACAGAGAGCAAUGGGAGGGUGUCAGGUGGCCCUGGCUCCUACUACUAUGGAGAUAGCGAUUACAGGCACUCCUCUCGGCCAGACAAGCAUGGGUCCAGCAUAGGCGUGCAGAAGCACCCUUCUAAAAACCUGGCUCCAGCUGUAAUCUCUUCGAAGCGUAGCAAACAUCGGAAACAAGGUAUGGAGCAGAAGAUCUCCAAAUUCUCGCCCAUAGAAGAAGCCAAAGAUGUGGAAUCUGACCUGGCCUCCUAUACAGUGACCACGUCAGUCAGCAGCAGCAGCGUAGCCUCUAGAGCAAAGAAGUUGCAGGAUGACAUCACAUACGGUCUCAAGAAGAAUGUAUAUGACCAGCAGAAGUACUAUGGCAUGUCUGGCAGGGAUAUGAUGGAAGAGGAUGACAGAGCAUACAGUGGACGAUCCAGGUCCUCCGGCUAUGUGUCAGAGAAAUUGUCAAAUCGUGAGGUCAGCAGCAGGAGCAGGUCCUAUGAGAGAGAGAGUAUGGAGAGGUCUCAGAAAGGAAGCUCCAAGCCUUCUUCCCUUAGCAUGACUCAGAGUCGCGGGAGGCCUCCAAUUCGCACACAGACUUCAGAAGAGGAGAGCCCCAUUAGUCCUUUGGGGAAAUCUAUGGGUGUGUCACGGUCCUCAGGUGGACCUCUCCCUCAGUCUGCUGGAGAUAGUUGCUCCCAGUUCUGCUCUAGUCACUCAUUGCCUGAUGUACAGGAACAUAUCAAAGAUGUGCCAAGAACUCACUCUUACAAGCAUGAAGAAGGUUACAUCAUGGAUGAUUCUCACUGUGUUGUUUCGGACAGUGAAGCCUAUCACUUGGGUCAGGAGGAGACAGACUGGUUUGAUAAGCCGAGGGAACCUCGUUCAGAGAGGAUGAGGCAUUAUGGGGGCCACUCCUCAUCUUCCCAGAAGAGGGCUCCAGUUAAACACACCUAUCAUGACUAUGAUGAACCCCCUGAUGAAGACAUGUGGCAUCACGACGACUACUCUCACCCACGUCACUCCUCUUCCAAAGAACACAGGCACCAUGGAGAGUAUGGGAGGCAUCCAUCCUCCUCCCGUCACUCGAGUGAUGAUCUGCCAAGGAGAUCCUCUAGGCAGCAUCCGAGAGAUCCAGGACGCCAUGAAUCACGUGGACAUGGACAGCCCUCUGCCCAGAAGAAAGCUCAGGCAGGUUACCCUUCCAGCGCCUCAGACUACUCCCAGCAGUCCCGGCAGCCAUCUGGCUACCAUCAUACCUCAGAGUCCCAAAAAUCGCAGAGGCAGAUGCAACAUGGGCCGCCAUCUCAGCAGCCAAAAUCAGAGCCUCUUUCCCACCAACAGCAGCCGCCGCCGCCACCGCAGCAGCAGCAGCAGCAGCAGCAGCAAGUGAGGCAGCAACAAGCAGGGCAGCAGCAGCAGCAGCAGCAGCAGCAACCAUCCUCUCGGCAGCCGCCACCAUCAGGCAGGCAGCCUCAACAGCAUCAAGCAGGCCCUUCACAGCAGUCUUCUCAGCAACAGCCCCAGCAAGCUAGGACACAGCAGCAGCUGCAGCAGCAGCAGCCACCGCCACCACCGACAGGUCCACAAGCCCAGCCCUCCUCACGGCCGGCCCAGCAGCAAGCUGGCCAGCCCCAGCCGCUAGGCAAACCACAGUCAACCCUCCAAGCACAACCUAGCGCUCACCAAGCAGGACCGCCUAAAGCAGAGCAGAUGGAUGCAUCCAAGCCUACCACAAAAGUGCCACAGGUGGGGAAAGCACCCCAAACACAGCCACAGGGAACAGCAGCAGCAGGCAUUAAACUGGGUCCUAAACCAGCUGGAGCACCCACCGCUGCAGGUGCAGCAGCUGGACAGCCAGGAGCAGAAGGAGAGAGUGUCUUCUCCAAAAUCCUGCCAGGAGGGGCAGCAGAACAAGCAGGCAAAUUGACAGAAGCUGUGUCAGCUUUUGGCAAGAAAUUCACAUCAUUUUGGUGAGAGAAUACCACUGGGAGUUUGGGAGAAUAAGUGGAGAUCUCAUCAUUGCACUGGAAGAACCUAUGAAGAACCCAUUGAAUUCAGUCUGCUGCUCCAGACUCUGGGUAUAACACUUUUGAAACCAUGGAAAACCACUAGGCUGUGAGACUGAAGGUGGAAGAGGUGUUUACAAAUGUCUGCCUGUGGAUCCCAUAAGACGCUCCCUGAGGACAUCUGAGCCAACUAUCACAAAGGGCUUUCAGAAGCCACCUGCCGUUGCCUGCGUGGUCUAUGCUGCGUGUGCCCUGUGGGGUGAAGACAGAGUCUUAGUCUGAGAGGUUGUACAUAGAAGACGUUUACAGAGUAUGGGCCUGUUCCAGCUGGUCACACAGUCUGGCCGCUUCCCUGAAGCUGGAGGAGAUGUCUAGGACUCCGGAGACUAAACAUUGCUGUGGUUCCACUUGUGCCUAGGGUCUGAUGAUGGGAGCCAUGGCCCUUUCUCGAGAUUAUACACAGAGUUUCUCUCUUACUGAAUUUUAACUCUAGAGUCUUCAUAGGUUUUUCCCACACUCCAAGAUGUGCUUGAGUCGAGGGCUGGGAGCUAGAUGCUCCGUUCUCCUUCACAUUCCAGUUUGCCCCGUCGACCCCUCCAUAUGCACAGUGUUUGUUCCCUCUCAUCGUCCCUGCAGUGGAGAGCAUGGGAUGAAGAGAACUUAGACCAGGACCUAACACUGUUUCACUACUGAGAUAAGAGGCCAUAGGACUCUGAAAGGCAGUGCGUAAACUGGCUGACUUUUGACUGAAGCCAAUACUGGCCAGGCAUGUCUAUCAGCCACCCCAAAGCCAUCCUGAAGCCAUUCUAAAGCAUUCAAAUGGCAGUGCUUUCCAUUGUUAGCGUUGUGCGUUGUUUUAUGUAUGCCUGGGGAUUAUUUUUAUUUCAAAAACAGCCUUAAUCAUUCCACUUUUAUUUACGUGUAUACCUCAUCAACACCCAGCGAUUGGGAGUUUUGGGUUUUUUUUCUGUUCUUUUGUGUGUGUGUGAGGUUCUUUUUUUGUUCUUUUUUUUUUACUAACUUUGUAUCAAACAUAUUUUUUCCCCUCUUUGCUUUGAACUGAGUUAGCACAUGGGCUGUUGUCGGUAGAAGCAAUAGCGUGCAGAAGGCUAUAAAGAGCACAAUCCAGUGUAAUGAGAUCAGAAGAGCUUGCCUCUGCCAUCCUCCUUCCUACUACUGUGCAAUUCAAGUCCUUCUUAAGCCAUUACCAGUGGGCAUGCUCAGAACGAUGGAGGAGCUACUUGGAGCAGAAUGUCAUUGAACCUGCCAGUAUGGAGCUCCUUGCACCGUAAUCUACAAGAGCCGAAAGAAAAACCUGCAAAACCGCUCCUUUGUUGCUGUAAAGAGUUCAGCAAGUAUACAGAUGCUCUGGUUCCCAUUUGUCUGUGCUGUCCGUUUCCUGCCCGUCUCUCGUCCACGCUGAGCAUGCUCAAGAACAACAAUUCAUUGGUGUGACCCAUAGGAGCUUCCAUUCACCGUGGGUAACAGCAGAAUGAUUCUCAUGUCUAAUGUUCUAUGCAAUGAAAUAACAAAAUUUUAAAAAACAACUGUUAAUAUUUAAUAAGUUCAAUGUUAUGUAUAAGGAUUUAAUUGCAAAUGUGCUAUUGAGAAACUGGAUAGAUAUCUUUAUAUCAAACACCUGUGUGUACGAGGUUUUCAAUUAGUGGCAUGCUUGACCCGUUCGAGGGACACUUUUGCCAAAGGGUAGACAUAGAGCCGGUGACUGUCUCUGUCUGUUGUAGAGCAUGGCUUGCUACUUCUCUGCACGGUUUCACCUACUUAGAAUGCUUGCAGUUCUUUGCUUGAAGUUAUUUUUUCUCUCCAGUUGGUUCAUCUUCUCUACUGAAUGCCAUUAGCAGAUUUAUGCACUUGUUAUUGAAGGCCUGUCAGUGAUACCGUGAAGCGUAAUUAUUCUGCAGAAUGUAAUACCAGAUGUUCUCUACCAAACAACAUUAACUUUCUGCCUUUUGCCACAACCUUCCCUGCAGUAGCCACUAGUGCCCUCUCCUAGGGGAUCCUAGGAUUUAUCUAGACCUGAAGCACAUUCCUCCUGGCCAAAAAUUAAAUCUAGAUCCUAGCUAGAUUUAGGGCCUUCCAAGGCUGGGGAAUUGCUCCAAAACGGGAUAUGCUGACAAACUCUGCAAGGGUAAUUUGAACAGCUCUAGCAUCAAUAAGAAGCUACCCAAUUUUCCUUUCAAAGGUUCAGAACCAGGGGACCAACACUGAUGACUGCUGUUCCCACUAGUAUGAUAUUAACAAACUGACAGCCCCUGAACCAUCCUCAUGCAGUUUGAAAGCUGGGGGCCAAUGAAAGGUCCAGUUUAAGAAGUAGUAGAUUCUAGAAUCCAGAGCAAUCCCACCCAUUUCCAUCAUACUCUUACUGUAGUGAUGGCACUGGGCCUUUUUCUGCAUAGCUGGACUGAAAGGCAAAGCUCUGUUUUUGCCAAAAAUGGAAGAAGGCUGUGUGUGACCUUUUGCUUUGAGAGGGACAAAGGUUAAGAGGCUAACGCCUCAGCAACAGAAUACAUUCUUGGAAGUGUGGAAGUCUUUUGAUGCAAAACAUAUAAAAUAGGAAUUGCCCUUCUGAUCUAGGCACUUGACAAAGAUGUUCCAUCUGUCACCAUCUCUUUUAGUCAAGGCACAAAUUCUAUCCACAGAAGCUAUUGAUCCUGGCAUGCAGUGCUCUGCCUUAGAUUUGGGUGGCAUACUUGAUCACACUGACAAUACUAUGCAGGCACAUCUGUUCCUACAGAAUGUGAAAUAAAGUUCAUUUUAAAGAGAACCUGGCAGAGUGAAUGUAAGGGCCACUUCACAUAUUGUGCAGGAUCAAAUUCAGGUUUGUCACCGUGCUCAGCAAAGAGCUACAGCUCAUCUCAGCUCUCCAAAUAGCAUUCCUGAAAGAUGCAUGUUCGCAAACGUGCUUCUUGCACUCACACGUUAUGUUUUACAUGCCCACUUCAGUGAAGUGUUCACUCAAUUUUUGAACAAGCAAGAUGGCAGUGGCAACUGCAGAUCUCUGAACCUAAUUCCUUCCCAACCACAUAGGCCUUUUCUUAGAGACUCCCCACAAUGGCAAGUGCAUAAUCUGAGGAUGCUUCUUCAGGGCUCUAGGUUGAAUUUGUGUCCCCUACAGGUUCACUCAGCAGUGGCUGCUACAACUUCCCUCCAUCCCUUCCAUUGUAAAUAUUGUACAGUAUGUAAAAAAACAAAAAAAAAACACUCAUGUGGUAUGAAGAACAAACAAAAUCAACUCACAGGCCCCUUCUGUAGGGCUUCAUCUUAAUGACCAGCACACCUGCCAACUCUUGCUUUUGUGUACAAAAAGAUCAACAAACAAAGCCUGGUGUUUGUGGCUGGCUCCUUUGGACUGUUCCUCUUCUUGCGAAGCAUAGCAGAGUCUUGUAGAGUUGUUGUGGCUGUCACAUGACAUGUUCCUUCCAUGCUCUCCUGCCUUCCAUGUAUCUUGAGUUCUCUCUCUCUCUCUCUCUCUCUCUCUCUCUCUCUCUCUCUCUCUCAUUUUGGAGGUGGGAGGGUUCUGUAUAAAAAUAAACCCCAUCAAACAAAAGAAGAAGUUUACAGUUGUAAGUGCAAUGACCUAAAUCCUUUAUCUGAACAUUGUAAAUGAUGUGUGUGUCCUGCUGUGCUCUGUGAGAACUUGUAGUAUUUCAGUGUACCACCUCAUGUAUUGUGAUUCCGUAUGGGAAGUUGCCCUACAAGGUAAUUCUGUGGAAAACAGAAUAAAAGGACUUGAUAUGA